CGCGUGUGUAGAAGUAGUCGUAUGUUCGUUUUACAUGGGACGUGCGACCAAAUGCGAGGCUCAGUUGUCGUUAUUGUGCGCCUGACAGGGACAGCUACGGCCUCCAGCUUUCCUCUUGGCCCAACAAUCCACACGCGCUCAAACCCACUCGACGCGUGGACCAAUUCCAUCAUGGAAAUUCCGAGUUUACCCUUAAAAGUCUUUGUUUUGUGCCCUUCCUUAAUUUAAUAAUGUUUCUACGUUUUAAAUCCUUUUAAAGCUCUCUUUUUGGUUGAUUAUUCUUCCUUUCUCCUCUCCUUUCCUUUCUGCAUCGAAAUAUCUAGAGGGAAUGAUGCAGAAAUGUUCAUUGAGUAACCGGAGAAGGAGUUUCGAAGAUGAUGUACCAAUCUCAGAUAGAACGUUGGAGAUAAAUUCUCACAUCUCUGUUCCUUGUCAUUUGGAACAGUGUCUUAAUCUCAAGACAGGAGAGGUUUACUACAUAAACCGGAACACCGGAAUAAACAACAACAACAAUGCAUAUGAUGAUUUCAGUGGAGAAUCGGAUGUAACUGUUGUUUCAGAAGACGAUAGCUCUUAUCAUGAAAGCCAAGUAUCAUCAUCAGAGUCAUCUAUAGAGAAUCACGAAGAAGAGAAUGAAGUUCUUGUGGUAGCUGGUUGCAAAGCUUGUUAUAUUUAUUACAUGGUACCUAAACUCUUGAAAGAUUGCCCCAAAUGUGCAGCUCAGCUUCUUCACUUUGAUCGAAAUCACUCUGCUUCUCCUUAAACCUCUUUUUUAUCCCUUUUUUCAUUCUUCACAUAGAUUUAUAAGUUUCCUUUUUAUUUAUUUAUUCCUCUCUUUCAUCAUCUCUUAAAUCGUAUAUGUAUGAAUUAUUGGUCGUGUUGUCUGGAUUGCAUUAACACGAGGUUUGAUGGCA